AUGAUCGAUUUAAGACUCACUUAUAUAGGCAACACAUUAUUUCCAAAUAGACUUGGUGUUGUUAAUUGGGUCCAUGAUGGAACCCAAAUUCAUUAUUUUUACACAUCCCAUGUCCCAACAAUGCUGAGAAAUAAAAGGUCCAUGAUGGAAGGCCAGCCUGAGACCCGAGAUUUCAAGUCUUGA